AUGUCUCUCCCGCAAACCAAAUCAGCAUGGCUGAUGCUUGCCAUCUCCAGUGGCGCUUGUGCAGCUUUCAAUGGCGUCUUCGCAAAGCUCACAACCACAGAGCUCACUGCAUCCUGGUCAAGCUCCAUAGCCCUGGCAUUCGGGCUGAGUGCGUCAAACAAGAUUGUUGAAUAUGCGAUACGAGGGCUCUUCUUUGGCAUGAACCUCGUCUUCAACGCGAUCAUGUGGGGGCUCUUCACGCGUGCCCUUACCCUUGCCUCCUCGACCGUACGCGUCAGCAUCAUAAACACGUCUGCGAAUUUUAUCGUCACAGCCGUCCUUAGCUUCAUCAUCUUCAGCGAGAACCUACCGGGGUUAUGGUGGCUUGGGGCAGCCAUGCUGGUAGCUGGCAGCGUGAUCAUCGGCAUGAGAGAGGAGACUGAGAAGAAGAGUGUGGUAGCUACCACGGGAGAGGCCCCACUUCUCGACCGCGAUGGUGACGCGAACACGGAGGGCUUUAGGGACGACCAAGACCAAGGCGAUGACACAGUCGAACUCAACAGCGUGAAGAACACAGCAGGGGACAGCAGUGACGAAGACGGUGUAUUGAAAUAG